UGGCAGAGUGCCCUUCGCAAACUCUUCCUUAACACCACUCGAUUCUCCCAUUUUAUACAUUACUGCUACCAUCAUCUCCAGAGCUACUUCUGCCUUCACCCGUAUCCUUGUUCGCACAAAGCUUGAAAACCUUGCCCAUUCACAUUCAACAGUCAUUCAUUAAAUACAAGUUCUAGGAAGAAAAACGGAAAGUCUCUCAAGCUGCCCUAGUAUCUUGGCCGACUCCUGCCACUCUUAUUUUGUUUACUCACAUUCUCAAGACUAUUCUCUCCUUAUCUAUACCGAAGUGAUUGUGUUUUGAGGGAAUGGCUACUCAGAACCGGCUUGGCAGCUGGUACACCGAUUCCACCUACAAUGCUGAUGAGGGCUUUGAGAACAGUCCAUUUGCUACGGAUCCUCGCACAUUCCCUGUGCGGGACUCCUUAUCUUCCACCGCCAUAUCACAACCAUACGCAAUGAUACCCCUUCCCAACCAAUUCCAUCUAUACACUAUUGAAGAAAAGAUGAAUCUAGAGGAAGAUAUCGAACCUUGCCUAGCGGUGAAAAGGCGUCAUGUGGAAAGUUUGGCUGUGAAAAACGGAGACCUGAUUGAAAAAUCUUUGAAAAGUAUAUCAUUGAUUAGGUCAAGACUCCUUCAGCAGCAAGAAUCAAAUCGAAAGAAAAAUUGCGAGUUUCAACAGAUCCGUAACUCCCUUGAAAUCGUUCAUUCUCUCGUACAUUUGGUCCACGAUGACAGGUGCAACAAGACUUGGAUCGAAUUUUCUACAGAUGACUACAAAAUCUCCUCCAACAUGAAAAAUUUGAAGCUUUCGAAAGUUGCGAAAGAGAUGACUUUUUACAAUGAAGGCGGGGAGACAUUGUCGAUAGAUGAGGUUGAGCCGAAGACUCCUACUAGAAUCUCUGUGGCCUCUUCAUAUGCCCGAAGUGAAUCCUCAGCCGGUCAAGUUAGAUCUUUCAAGGCGAUGUCAAUCACUACAAACGUGCCCACCACACCCACCAAACCCACGCCGGCGCCGACACCGACUUCCGAGAUAUACAGGCUCUACCAUAGCCAAUCUUCCGAGGACCUAACGUCAGCCGCGGACUUAACAUCACUAGAGCAAAUAACGCCAGCGUAUCAUCAGUCAAAGCCGUCACCUGCAAAGGCUCAGGAGAGCUACUACAAAACCCAACUCAGCAAGUUUAACUUGGAGAGAUCAACAACUAGUUCAACUGAUCAAAUGGUUAAUGCUGAGUACAAGAAUUCGCCUAGCAACCUUUCUAGCAACUCUGUCGCUGUCACAUUAACCACGGCGCAUGACGAUGAGUGGGAUCAACACGAUGAUAUGGUCAACACGAUCGAGAGCGGCUCUACCGAUGAAAGAUCAGAAAACUCUUCGCUGAGAAAACUGAGCAUCGGACCGAACCAAUCCAGAAUGAUGGCCCUAAAGCUUAAACAAUUUACCCGUUCAGAAAGAAAUAAUCUGAAUUACUCAUCCUGAUCUCAUAUAAUUUGACCCCACUCCAAAUUCCAACCCUAACCAAUUCUCUUACAUUUCAACAUUUCGCCAUCGCCCCACUGAAUUCAUUCUCAAGUUAUACUCUUAUAGCGGUGACCUUUUCCUAUGAAAAUCUUUACCCAUCUCUCCAGAAAGAUUAAUUAACAUAGUUCUUUGAAUUGCCAUUUUCAAAUUUAUCACAUUUUUAAUCCUUAAUAGUUUUUGACAGUAGUAAUUGUUUUUGAUAGGGAGUAAAUCUUGUUUGAAACAGAUAACCUUGUUUGCAUCCUGCCUUUCAAUUUCAAUUAGCCUACUUGUGCCAAGCAGCCCAUGGUUGCUUUGCUGCUCAAAGUGAAUGGAA